AGGGGCCAGUGCAGGGGAUGGAAGGUGUUUGGGUGGAGAGUAAGGAAUAAGGAAGAAAACCUUAUUAUGGCUCCAUCAGGAAGAAAGCAUGGAGGAAAAGCUAGUAAACCAGCACAGGAAGAUCAAGCCAUACCUGCCUAUGACUUUCAGGAGGAAAGAAAAGAGCUGAGUGGAUCAGAGGAAGAUAUUAGAAAAGGUGAAACACCAGUAAUGGACAAGCAUGGAAAGAAAAGACCUUUGGUGACUACUCAUGUGGUUCCAGAUGAUGUAGGGGGUGAAGUGCAGAAUAUGCUGGAAAGAUUUGGAGCGGACAUUAACAAGGCUCUCUUAGCUAAGAGGAAAAGAUUAGAAAUGUAUACAAAAGCCUCACUAAAAACCAGUAACCAGAAGAUUGAACAUGUUUGGAAAACACAGCAGGAGCAAAGGCAGAAUCUCAAUCAUGAAUUCUCCCAGCAGUUCCUGACUUUAUUUCAGCAAUGGGAUGUAGAUGUGCAGAAAGCAGAGGAGCAGGAAGAAAAACUAGCGAAUAUGCUUCGUCAGCAACAAAAAGUUUUUCAACAGGCAAGAAUAGUACAAAGUCAGAGGCUGAAAACCAUUAAGCAGCUCUAUGAGCAGUUCUUAAAGAGCAUGGAAGAGCUGGAGAAGAGCAAUGAAAGUCAUCUAGCUGGUGUACAAAAUGAACUCCGCAAAGAAAUGACUAUGUUGCAGAAGAAGAUUAUGAUGGACACUGGACUUUAUUAUAUAGGAUCCAGAGCAACCUCAACAGGCUUGAGAGGUGGGCAGCUGCACACCUCAUGAAGUUCAACAAGGCCAAGAGCAAGGUCCUGCACCUGGGUCGGGGCAAUCCCAAGCACAACCACAGGCUCGGAAGAGAACUGAUUGAGAGCAGACCUGUGGAGAAGGACUUGGGGGUGUGGAUUGAUGAGAAGCUCAACAUGACUCAGCAGUGUAUGCCUGCAGCCUAGAAACCAACUGUAUCCUGGUAAGGCACUGGCACAGACUGCCCAGAGAAGUUGUGACUGCCCCAUCCCUGGAAGGCCAGGUUGAGCUCUAUGAUGAUCUUCACAAAUAAAAAAUAUGCAAUAAAGCCGAUCUUUUUUUUCAUCCAUUGAUGAGUUUUUUAAUUACAAAAGAGAUAAACAGUUUAUCUCUUCAUUUUAAUGAUUAAGGUAAAUUCCUGUUUCAGGUAACUAAACCAGAAGCCACAGCACUGUUAGUAGGGCUUGAAGGACCAGAGUUAUGAUGUUAAAAACAGCGUAUUUCUAGGAGUAGGUUAAAACUGAAAGCUGUAACCAAAACACUCAAUAAGUAUGUGUUUGCAUCAACGUCAUAUAUAAUCUCUCUGAAGGAGCCUGAACCUAGUUCAGUGUCUUGGUCAUAAUGAAGCUGGUAAUACAGCAUCAGAGCAGAAUGGGAAAACUUUCACGGCACCCACUGACCCAGUAAACAUUAAGCCAAGAACCAGUUUAGUUUUAGGAGGUUUAGGACCAAAGUGAGAUUCCUUACCACCAGCUUCUGUGAGAUUUUGGCA